UGGGCAGGGCCAGGCGCGCGCCGCCGCUUCCCUCCGCGCCCGCUCCCGCCCCCGGCGCCGCGGCGGGCUCAGUGCUUGCGGGCGACCCGGCUCGGAGGCGCGCCAUGGCCCGAAGCCUGCUUGGCCUCCCACGGCGCGGCCUCUGGCUGCUCCUAGUGUACCCCCUACUUAUGGCCACAGCCUGCCAGGACACCAGCUACGGCCCUCUACUCCAGGAGCUCUGCCUCAGCCAGUUCCAGGUGAGCAUGGACGCCAUCGGGAAGACGCUGUGGUGUGACUGGGGCAAGACCAUCAGGAGCUACAGUGAACUCACAGACUGCACCAGGAAUGUGGCGGCCCAGCUGAACUGCUUCUGGCCAAACGCGGCUGUGGACACGUUCUUCGUGGCCAUCCACCAGCACUACUUCAAAAACUGCCCUGUGUCUGGCAGGGCUGUGCGGGACCCGCCCCGAAACAUCCUCUGUCCCUUCAUCGUGGUGCCCAUCCUGGUGACCCUGCUGGUGACAGCGCUGGUGGUUUGGAGGAGCAAGCGUCCGGAGGGCAUCGUGUAGACGCGCAGCCCCGGGGGGCCAGGCGGGGAAGGUGGGGAGGCCCAGCCUGGCCUGGGGAGAGCUCCUGAGGCCCUAAUGUCAGUGCAGGCCCCCGAUCCCCCUCACUUCUCUCCAGAAAGAGUAAGAAGAAUUUCAGGGUGGUUGCAGUACAGGCAUUAACACAGAAAGGCUGGAGGUCAAAGCGACCAUGGUGGGGAUCCCCAGUGCUAGGAGGGAGCAGGAGUGUUACCAUCACUGUACCUGGGGAGGGUCCCAAGUUCUGUCUCCCAGUGUCCCAACCUCAAGCCAGACUCUGGAUAAGCAGUUUGUGAUUAAAAGGAUGUCCUCAAA